GAGUAUGAGGUUCCGGUUCCCGCUGUCCCCUCGCUCGGACGCGCGUCUCCAGUACCUGCACUGCAACGUGUCCGUGUGCUUGUCCAUGAUGGAGGAGCUGCCACAGAUACGGUGCCCGGACGUGCCCGCACGACCCUGCAUGAUCAACUUCCGCGGUCCGACCCUGCGACACGUCAUCGCAACCACCACCAGCCAGGAACAGCUGCGCAGUAACGCUCUGCGUGGCGUCGACACGCCGUCGGUGCUAGGAUGGUUUGGCGCAUUCCUCAUCGGCGCUCUCCUCACCGCUGCGCUCUGGCUCAUCCACAGCCGGACUGGCUCUUUAGCCAUCGCGACGCGCGCCGGCCCCGCCGCCGCGUCCGUCACGACCACCCCGGAGGCGGCGCCCGCCCUGCUCCCCGGGGGAGACGCGGCGCGCGACUCGGACCCGCUCCCCGGCUCGGAAAACAGCACCACCACGCAGAGCCUGAGCAGCUGUGCCGACAGCGACAAGUAGAGGCGCCGGCCCCCCGGGGGGGGGGGUGCUGGGCGGAAAGCCUGCCAGGGUG